GGGGUACUCGUAGUGAAAAAAGGCUGUUCUUUUGAGAAAAACGUGAACAUAAUUUAAACCCUCGAAUUGACGGCAAGUUAUACCAGCUUAUCUAAUUGGACUGAACGUAAAUCGAUUCAGUCCAACUUUCCGACAGUCGGGUACUUACGAAUGUGGAAAUAAACACUCACCAUGUGCUGUGGUUGUAAUUGCUCCAACACUGUCAAGCGGAUCCUGCUUUUCGCUGGCGUGUUGGUGAUCUUCGCUUUGGCUGCUUUCUUCGGGUUCGGAUGGCCAGCAAUAAUAGAUUCAGUAGCGCGACAAGAAUUCGUGCUGGAGCCAGGGGCGAGAGUUUACGAUAACUGGCUAUCCUCAGAUGUGCCUAUGUACUUCGACAUGUAUUUCUGGGAUUGGACGAAUCCGGAGGAUAUCACAAACCCUAAUGUUCAACCACACUUCGUUCAACGUGGUCCGUAUGUCUUCCUGGAGGUUCAGGAGAGAGGAGAUGUGCGUUUCAAUGACGAUCACACUAUUACCUUCAAGCAGAAGCGAACCUGGCGCUACAUUCCCGAACAAUCAAACGGAGAUUUCCUUAAUGAUAGAGUAACGACUCCUCAUACAAUGCUUUUGACGGUUGGUAAAUUGGUCGAAGGCAAUACAAUGCUACAGUUCAUGGUUAACGGCAUGAUUGCGCAGAAUAAUCUGCUCGAUGGCAUCACAUACAAGAACGUACUCGUGAAGGAUAUCUUUUUUGAUGGCGCAGAGGACAAACUACUUGCAGCGCUGCAAACACUGUUGGCGGAAGUGCCAGAUUUAAUCGAAGGAGUGGAGUUACCUGCAUGGGAUGGGUUCGGUUAUUUUGUUGAAAGGAACACAAGUUUCGAACAUGACGGUAUUUUUCGAAUGAAUACCGGUACAGAUGAUUGGUCGAGAACAGGACAUAUGAGAACAUGGAAUAACGAGUCGUCAGUGCCAUAUUUCCGCGAACGGUGUGGACAAGUGCGUGGUUCUGCAGGCCAAGUGAACGCGCCGAUGACAAAUGCUCAAUUUCAUAACCCAGGAGACUUUGUAUUAUUCAUAACAGAUGUAUGCAGCGCAAUUAGUUUGAGACAUGAAGGUGAUUUUACUCUGAAUGACCUGCAAGGUAAAUUAUGGGUGGGCGAUCGUCGCGUUUUUGACAACGGCAAUAAUUUUGCCGAAACAGAGUGCCAAUGUACUGCUCCCGUGGAAGAGUGCCCUGCGCUGAAGCCUGGUCUUAUGGACGUUUCGGGCUGUAACUUUGGUGCACCAAUGUUGGUGAGUUUCCCGCACUUCUAUCUAGCAGAUCCUAGCUAUCUGCUAGCAGUAUCUGGCAUGAGCCCCAAACGACAAUCACAUGAGUUUCGUUACGCAUUGCAUCCUUUCUCCGGCACUCCAUUAACUGUCAAUGGGAGACUACAAUUUAAUGUCCAUUUAAGAGAUUAUGGACUAGACCUAACCAAGGAUGUUCCUGAUGUUGUGAUGCCUGUCUUCUGGGUAGAACAAAGAGUAGUUCUCACUCAAGAUAUUAUAGAUGAUUUAUUGUUCAUUGAAAGAUUACGAAAUGGUGGAAUUUACACCGGGUUUGCGCUUUUUGGUGUUGGAAUCCUGUCGAUGGGACUGGCGAUUUACGUCGCAUUUUUCGUGUGGAAAGACUGAUUCUAGAGUGGCGAUAUUAUCGUGGUAUAUCGUUGUAUACGGCGUACAGAAAGAA